CCCGGAAGCGGCGCGUCCCCCCCGCCCGCCGCCGGCGGAUCGCAGCGCGCCCCGAGGCGGCCCGGCCGCCGCCACCGCCACCGCACCGCGAGGCCUGGGAGCGGCGGGCCCGGCUCCGCCGAGCGCCGGCAGAUCACCCAGAAGACACAAUGAGCGUUAAAGCUUUCAAGCUCGUUUCUGCUGUUGAGCGGGAGAUGUUAAUGGGAGACAAAAAUUACAUCAACAUCGAGUGCAUUGAGUGUUGUGGGAAGAACCUCUAUAUUGGAACCAAUGACUGCUUUAUCUAUCACUUUCUGUUGGAUGAAAAGGUAUCGACAGCUGGAAAAAUAACUUUUGCUGCCACCAAGCAACUACACAAAUACCUGGGUCUGAAGAAGCCUGUGAGUGAGUUGAAAGCAGCCUCUGCCCUCACCAGACUGCUUGUGCUUUGUGACAACACGAUAACACUAGUGAACAUGAUCAACUUGGAGCCUGUCCCCACUGGUGCUAGGAUCAAAGGAGCUGUGACAUUCACACUGAAUGAAAACCCUGUGAGUGGGGAUCCUUUCUGCGUUGAAGUUUGCAUUAUCUCAGUCAAGCGUCGGACCAUUCAAAUGUUCAUGGUGUUUGAAGACAGAGUCCAGAUAGUGAAGGAAGUGUUUACUCCAGAGCAACCUUGUGCUGUGGCUGUAGAUGGUUACUACUUAUGCCUUGCCCUUACUACACAGUAUAUAAUUUUGAAUUAUAAUACUGGCGUCUCCCAGGACCUGUUUCCUUAUUGCAGUGAUGAGAAGCGGCCAAUUGUGAAAAGAAUAGGCAGACAAGAGUUUCUGUUGGCUGGCCCCGGAGGCCUAGGCAUGUUUGCUACUGUAGAUGGGAUUUCACAGCGUGCCCCAGUACACUGGUCAGAGAACGUGCUUGGGGCAGCUUUGUGCUUUCCUUAUGUGGUUGCUCUCGAUGAUGAGUUCAUCACGGUGCACAGCAUGCUGGACCAGCAGCAAAAGCAAACCCUGCCUUUUAAAGAAGGACACAUUCUACAGGACUUUGAAGGAAAGGUGAUUGUUGCUACUAACAAAGGUGUGUAUAUCUUGGUGCCACUACCUUUGGAGAAACAGAUUCAAGAUCUUCUAGCUAGCCACAGAGUGGAAGAAGCCCUUGUUCUAGCAAAAGGAGCUCGAAGGAAUAUUCCAAAAGAGAAAUUUCAGGUAAUGUACAAGCGAAUCCUGCAGCAAGCAGGUUUUAUACAGUUUGCACAGCUUCAGUUCCUUGAAGCAAAAGAACUCUUCAGAAGCGGCCAGCUUGAUGUCCGGGAGCUGAUCUCUCUGUACCCCUUCCUGUUGCCUACUUCCUCUUCAUUUAUCCGGUCCCAUCCCCCUCUGCACGAGUACGCCGACCUGAACCAGCUGACCCAAGGGGACCAGGAGAAGAUGGCAAAGUGCAAGAGAUUCCUCAUGAGUUACUUGAAUGAAGUCCGCAGCACCGAGGUUGCAAAUGGCUACAAGGAGGAUAUCGACACAGCUUUACUCAAACUGUAUGCAGAGGCAAACCAUGAAAGCCUGCUGGAUCUCCUAGUUUCAGAGAACUUCUGUCUGUUAACAGAUAGUGCUGCCUGGCUGGAAAAACACAAAAAGUAUUUUGCACUUGGUCUCCUGUAUCACUACAAUGGUCAGGAUGCUGCAGCGCUUCAGUUAUGGGUGAAAAUAGUUGAUGGAGACAUUGAAGAUUCUACACGUUCAGAUCUCUAUGAGUAUAUAGUAGACUUCCUUACAUUCUGCUCAGACCAAGAGCUAGUGUGGAAGUACUCUGAAUGGAUUUUACAAAAAAAUGAGGAGGUUGGUGUACAGAUUUUCACUAAAAGGCCUUUGGAAGAACAAGAGAAAAACAACAUUAAUCCAGAUGAUAUCAUCAGUUGCCUUAACAAAUAUCCUAAAGCACGUGUCAAAUAUCUAGAACAUCUAGUACUGGAAAGAAAAAUACAGAAAGAAAAGUACCAUACUCAUCUAGCUGUCUUGUACUUGGAGGCAAUACUUCAGCUAAAAUCUGUGACCACAGAUAAUUGUACAGAAACAACUGAACUGGUGUUGAAACUUCGCAGUCUGCUUCAGAAAUCUGAUCUUUACAGAAUUCGCUUUAUUUUAGACAAAAUCCAGGGCACAGACCUUCAUAUGGAAAGUGCAAUUUUAUAUGGGAAGCUAGAAGAGCAUGAGAAGGCUUUGCAUAUCCUUGUCCAUGAGUUGAAGGACUUCCAUGCUGCUGAGGAUUACUGUGUGUGGAACUCUGAGAGCAGAGACGUGCAGUACAGGCGGAGGCUUUUCCAUCUGCUGCUGUCAGUGUAUUUGACUGCAGGCACUUCGGAUUGCGCGCUCGUCAUGGCUGCUGUGGAUCUCUUGAAUAACCACCCUGCGGAAUUUGAUGCAGGUCUAGUUCUGCAGGUGGUGCCUGACAGCUGGUCAGUGCAGCUCCUCUCCCCAUUCCUGGCUGGAGCAGUGAGACAAAGCAUUCACACAAGAAGAAUGACUCAGGUGGCACUUGGCUUAGCACAAGCUGAAAACUUAAUCUACAAGCACGAGAAGGUUAAACAGAAAGGAGCCCCGAUUCUUCUUUCAGACAAAAAGGUGUGUCAGGUGUGCCAAAAUCCUUUCUGCGAGCCUGUGUUUGUAAGAUUCCCAAAUGGGAGCAUGGCCCACACGCACUGUGCUGCAAACAGACAUCUCAAUUCCAAUGUGACUCAUCACUCUCCCAGCUCCAGCAAUCAGACUUGAAAUAUUCCCACAGUUCCCAUGAAAAGUGGGCUGGAAAGGAAAAAGUGCAGCUACUUUAAGUAUAAAUCAAGAUGGACAGCUAGUUUGUGGGUUAAUGGGAAGACUUCCAGUAAAUAUGAAAUACUGCUACUUAUCUUUUUGAUUUCUAAUGAAUGUAGAUAGAAAAUUCACUACCAGACAUGGAGAGGUGCAAAUAUGGGCUCUUCUGUGAAUAGGAGUAAACACUUAAGAGAAAAGGAGCCUUUUCAUCACAGUGAGGACGAAUGUUACAGAGUGAAGGCAAACAGUUGUUUUAAGAAUUGUCACUUUGCACUGACUGUGGUGUUGAUGAAUUUGUGGAGGGGAAGAUGGCAUCUAUUGGAGUUGGAAUUCUUGAAGAGUGAUGGGACAAGAUUGGCAUUGUGCAGCUUACUAUGAAGACAGAUGUGCAUCGAUUUUAGUGCUUGCUGCAGCAUGUCUUCUUUUGGGCUGGAUUAUCUUCCCCAGGAUCACAUUAUCAACUUCAGUUGUUUUGCUCUACAAAAUGUUGGCUUUUGAUGCACUUUUUAGUACCUCCCUUCGAUCCACUUGCUAUAUGGAAUUUAAAUGUAAGCACUGCUCUGUUAGGUUUAUGGUCCUGCAGUUACUGUAAUGUACUGAGUGGAAACCUAUAGCCUCAAUCACACAGGUGAGCUUGGAAGAAAAAAAAUUGUCUGGUCAGACUGUAGUCACUUUUUUAUGGGGGAAGAGGCCCUGACUUUAAUACUGAUUUAUUUAUUAAUAUGCAAAUAUGCUGUACAUACAGUUGAAUAAAUUGAUCUUAUCUAGCAUUUCUUUGGAGGAUUAAGAUGUAGCUGAUGCAUAAGUGUACAGAUUAUGUGCUAAGUGUUUGCUAUAACAUAACUUAGGCAGGUUGGAGCUCCACAAAAAUAGGUUUUAGUGCUUAUGGAUGACUUUGUGCAAUCAAAACCACAGAGAGAAGUUAUAAAAUGAUAAGAAAUCUACAAAAGUGCACUACAGGGGUACUGGGUUUUUUAUAUUCUACUAAAUAUUCUGUAAACUAAAAUUUUUCAAAUAACACAAACCCCUUACUUAACUGCCCUCAUAUGUAUUCACAUUGCUAUUUAGCUAUUUUAAAGCAGUUGAUUUAAAAGAUGCAGCUUCCCCCAAGAGAGGUUAAAAUGACAACAUUAAAUAAAAGUUAAGUAUUGCAAAGUGGAAGCAUUUCUUUUAAUUCUUUAAAGCUCUAAUAAACAACAGGCUUACUGACCAGCAUGCAGAAGGGAUGCAUGGAGUCCAGGUCCUGGACCCACACAGACACCCCAGAAUCACACCAUGCCUCAGAGUGUUGUCCAGGUGCAGCCUUCUUGUACAGAAAGGCUGGCUAAGGAAGCUGCUUUCUGCAUACAGUGCUGCCUCCAAAAGGGGCAGCAAGACCUCACCAGGGGAAAAGGAUAUCCAUCACUUUCUCACAGAAACAUGCAAUGAUUUGGGGUGAAAGGGACCUUAAAGAUCAUCUAUUCCAAACCACCUGCCACAAGCAGGGGAACCUUCCACUAAACCAAGUUCUUUAAAGCCUCAUCCAGCCGGGCCUUGAACACUUCCAAGAGGUGCUCCAGCCCUGUGAUCAUCACUGAGGCCUUAUUCCCAACUCGUUCCAACAGUUCAACAUCUUUCUUGUACUGUAGGUCCCAGGCUGUACUUAAGGUGUGGAGUACUUUGAAUCUUUCUCAUUCCUGAUUUUGAAUAUGGAAAGUAUAACUGUUGUGUUGAAUCUUCUUUAUUUUCGAAAGCCCAAGUAAAGAAUUUUGUAGUGCUUUGUACUAAGUAAUGUAAGCCACAUUUAGUGAGAGGCACUUCAAAGGAAGUCAAGUGUGGGCAUUUCUGACUCAGUUCUGGCAUAAGUGACUCUGCUGUGGCACUGGUAUGAGCAGAUUAUCUUGUAGUCAUGGGUUUUGAACACUGUGUAUACAACUGGCAGUAAUGGUAUAGAAAAAUUUGUAGUCCCCUGUCCUCAAAAUACUUGCUGGUAAGAGUGGAAGUGAUUUUUGUAAAGACCCUAUAAACCUUUUGUGUACACUAGCAUGCAUUUCUUAAAAAAUACUUUUUUUCCUGCUAGCAUCCUAACUAUGGUUUUGUUUCUGUUUAGUAAGGAAGUACUAAAACAAGGACCCCCUCAUGAUUUAGAGUGAUUUUAGCCACUUAGUAGUGAUGAACUACUGCUGCAAUGGAAUAAAGAUCAUAUCAUUCCAGACCUCAGGAAAGUUCUUCCUCACUAUUGCAUGAAAAAGUAUGUCUAUAAAAGAUUAAACAAUUCUUUAUUAAUAGUCAAUAUCUUUUUGCAGGUAUGUACUAUGGCUAAAAUGCAGCAACACCAUACAGAACAAUUCAGAAAUCAGAAUAAUGCAAGCCAGAUUUUUGCAAUCCAGUGUGGUUAAUAUUUAAGUUGGGGGCCAUUAGUUCUUUUAAGCCCAGUCCCCCAAAAUGUGGACUGGAAAAAUUGAUGUUGCAUUCAUAUGUUGUUACCUGUUGCUUUGUUAAGUUUUAUACUAGAACUCAUUUGAAUGACUUAACAUGGAAAUCCCACAGUAACUAAAGGAAAAAGCAAAGAAAGCCAAUGUGAGGCUGAGGCAGAGCAAGAGCUCAGCAGGGAGAUGGCAGGUGGAUGAUGUUCUUCCUGUGUGUGCCCAGCACAUGAGCAACUGGGAUAAUGCCCAAGCAGAGGAGAUGUCAGCCCACGUCAGAGUCUUGUGUGGUGUUCUGUGCUUUGUCACCAGGAAAUUGGUGAAAGGUCUGCAUUCAAAUUUCCUUAGGUGGGACAAGUGAGCACCCCCUGGUAAGAGAGCUUCACUCUGGAGAACCUGAGUUCAUUCCUUCUUUUGUUUUGGCACUGUGAGUUUGCUGAUAUCUUGAUUUAUGCACCUGAAGUCCUGGGUCAGCAUUGCUACUGUGGUAAGUUAUGGCUGCAGCAGCAUGGAGGGAGUGAACAGGGAAGGAACCAGAUUUGGGUAUUAAUUGCUGACUGCAUGUGUGAAGAAGAGGAAGAAAGGAGGAAUAUUUAUCUGACCAUUCUUCUAGUUUGGAAAUUAAAUGCUUUCUGGGAGUUAAAGCUCAAUGUGAUCUUUUUAUCUCCAGUUAGGGAAUAUGGUGUCUAAGACCUGCCCUUGAAGAGUGGAGAUUCUGCCAAAAUAUUUAUCCUUAAUUUAGCUGUUGCUAAAUUAUUUGAAAUUCAUCUCUCUCACUUUUUCCAAUGAGCCUCUUCCAACUUUGUAUGUGUGAGAACCAAAGCAGUAGUGCAAAUAUUUUUUUAAUGUGACCCUGUGUCUGUGAUUCAGAACAUAAUAAAUGAGAUUAGUCUCUUACACUGAUGUCUCUGCAGGUAUCAAGACACAUUUGUCUAACCUGUGACCUCCAGUUAGUGGAAUACUGCAGCUUUGACUUUUAGCCAUCCACUGCUACAGAUGUGAUGAUACAUACAAAAAGCACUUGUUAAACUUUAUUCUACACUUUCAUAUCUCCACACUUUUUCACAUAAAAAUUAUUGUGAUGUGUAUAUGUCUUCAUAUGCAGUUUUUCCCUCUUUAAGUAAAAGGAAGAAUAAUAAAAAAAUUGUUCAGAAUCUGGCACUCUGCUCAAAAUAAGAUUCAUGGCUGUAUAUUCAUGAGAAAGAAUUCAGUUGCAUCUUCAUUUCUUUUGUUUAAAUGGAUAAGUUGUGACAUUGAGAUCAGUAUUCUUGUAAUAUUGUCAAAGCCAGGGGAAAAUAAGCACUUGGGGUUUGUUACACAGAACACACCACAGAUAGCUGUGAACUGAUUUGUUCAGGCAGCCCAUACUGAGAUGGCUCAGGUGUGCACAGGAGUCCAGGUUACAAUGAGAACUUCUCUCUUUGCUCCCCUUGCUCCCAGUCUCCAGAAACUUUCCAGCCUUUGUUACCUGAUUGAUAUCACUCUUCUAGCACUUAACUGACAUGGGUACAAAUCUCAAGAGGUCUGGGGGGACUCCUGAGCAGAUCUGUCUUCAGUAAAAUGUCACUUUAUUGCUCAGCCACAUGAAGCCCUACUAAUGUGAGCUGUGGAAAAGUGGUGGUAGGGACAGAGUAUGUGUGUGUUUUCUGGGAGCUUUAUUACAUGUUUAAACACACAAGCAUUAUCCUGACUGCUGAGUCUUUAUAACAACAUCUGUUCUUUGCAGGACUCCUGUCCUGAACGACAUUAAAAAUAUUUUGUUUUACACUGUUCUAUCAAGAAGUAAUUUUUUAUUUUAUUACUUUUCUGGUUUGAUGCAGUCUCUAUUCAGCAUGGCUCUAAGUGCUUUAUUAACAUCCUGCUGUUCAUAACAGGCAACAACUAAUACAUUUUCAUUGUGAGCUCUCUUCCUAUUGCCUGUAUUUGCUAAUUAAUUUUUCUCUUGCUGUACAACACUUUGGGGCUUAUGCCUUGUGAACACUGGUAAUUAAAUGUGCUGCUACUUUUUAAGGGAAAAGAAGAAAAGUUAAUAACAUUCUGUAAUGUAUGAUUGAUUUCAAAAUUGAAGUUCCCCUGCAGUAAAUUUGUUCAGAUGGAAGUUUGUACUGUUAAGGCUUUUGGACUUAGUGGUUAUAUUGGUGAACAUACACAGCAGUAUGUGGAAUGUACAAAUGUAUAAAUAUGUUGAUUUUUAAUAAAAUAAAAUCUUUUAAUUACA